AUGCAAGGAAUAAAUUAACUCUCAAAACUUCUUAAUAAGAGCUAACAAAAUCGUUUUGGCUGCAGGUUUUUUGCCAAGAAAAUAAAGUAACCUACAGAUGAACCACUUAAACCAAAGAAGAUAACUAAGAUUGAGUUGUAUAAUACUUAUCAACUAGCAAAUUCUCAUCAUGAUUAAACACCAACUGAUUACAAUUUUCAUCAAUAAGAUGAAACUUCUAUCUGGAGUUGGAAUUCAAAUGGAAUUAGAGCCUAAUUGAGAAGAGGUAGCAUGCAAGACUUCCUUGAUAAGUAUAACCCUGAUAUCUUGUGUCUAUAAGAGACAAAGAUUGAUUAGUUAAACAUUGAUAAGUACAGACUAUUCGAUUACAUACCAAAGAGAUAUAAGCAAUUUUGGAAUUGCAGUGAAGAGACAAAGAGCUAAUCAGGUACUGCUGUACUAACCAAGGUAGAUCCAAUAUCAGUUUCUUAUGGAAUGGGUAUAAAAGAAUUGGACUAGCAAGGAAGAGUUAUUACCUUGGAGUUUCAGCAUUUCAAUUUGGUUAACGUUUAUAUUCCUCAUCCUUAGUAUAGUAUGGAAUAUCUUGAAUGGAUAGCUAAAGUGUGGAGGAAAAAAUUUGAAGAGUAUAUAAUUAAAACUAAAGCCAACAAUUUAAAGCCAAUAGUAUUAUGUGGUGAUUUUAAUAUACUGAGAAAUAAUUUAGAUACUUAUCACCAAAAGAGAGGUGAUAAUGAGACACCAUUCUUCUUUGAUGUGGAGAUCAAGACAUUUGAAGAGCUAUUAGUAAAUGCAGGAUUACUUGAUACUUAUCGUCAUCUUAAUCCUGAUCGAAGACAAUAUACCUAUUGGGAUUAUAGAUUUAAAUAGAGAGAGUAAAAUAGAGGCAUUCGAAUUGAUUACUUGUUAUUGGACAAAGACAUAGAGCAUUGUAUGAUUGAUAGUUUGAUUCAUGAUGAAAUACUUGGAGGCAGUGAUCAUUGCCCCUUAGAAUUAAAAUUGAAUCUUAAGAAGCUAAGCGAGGAAGCCAACAAAUAAUAGAAACUUAUUAAAAUGUAAAACUGA